CACAUUGGCGAGGUGCUCGAGAUUGGAAACAAUGACUCGGUAAAUAAGGAGCAUGUUUCAGGUCUUUAGUCGAAAUUGUUAAUAUACAUCUGAGAUUAGCCAUUAUCUUGCCCAAUUGGGUUCACUGGUUAAAAAAGUCGAUACUUUUCCUUGCCAUCAUUAUCAUCCAGGCGCUCUAAUCAAUAUUUAAAUAGACUUGAAGACUUUUCAUAUCUCGUAUAAUUAUAAGUUUAGCACAUUACGGUGGUGGAUUGCUCUGUAAUCGGUAAUGUACUAUUUGGGCGACUAUGACGAAGAAACGUGAUACAAUCCGGAUCCAGAAUGAGUCUUUUUACGACCCGAUGGCCGUUACCUGGACCGAAAAAUACGACAAGGAAAUUUCGGCCGUUUGGAAUCAUGUGCCUGAAAGGAUUGCCAAGUUUCUGGCGACUGUAGCUGUCUUUGUAUUGGGAGUAUCCAUCAAUGGUGACUGGAUUGCCGUCUGUGUCCACUUAGCCAGACAAUUCGGAUUUUAUCAAAACAUCCACGCAUCAUCGAAUAGCUCAAUUAGCUGGACCGGAUUAUCUUUAGAAUCUCUCAAGCUCAACAAUCUAUGGAGCUUCUGGUGGCCUUCCUGCGUUAUCUCCUACGGAAUGUACUUUAUUAUCGGCGGAUUCAUACAAUGGUACUACUAUGUAAGGCAACGGGAGACACCAGAAGAAUGGAAAUGCCAGCCGCAAAAAUGGUUGACGCCAGAAUUGGAAAAGAACGAAAUUUUCUGGGGUUCUACCACUCUCUUCAUGAACGCCACCAUUAGCUCCAUUCUCUCCUGCUACAUUUACAAUGGCGGCUACAGUAGCGUUUAUUACAACUUUAGCGAAUUUGGAUGGUUGUGGUUCUUCCUCCAGUUUCCCAUUAUCUUCCUGUACCAGGAUUAUUCGACCUACUGGUUGCAUCGAAUCUACCACUGGCCAUUUUUGUACAAAAACUUCCACAAAUUACACCAUCGCUAUAAGCAACCCACUGCCUUCUCCGUCACUGCUAUUCAUCCAGUUGAGUCUCUUCACAUUCAACUUUUUUUGUCUGCGCCACUGUUCCUCAUCCCUUGCCAUUGGCUUCCAUUCUACUGUGUUACUUUCUACGCCUACUAUCAUGGCAUAAUCGACCAUUCCGGGGUGAGCUUCAAGUCCUACUGGUGGCAACCUUGGCAGCCGGAUGCGAUUUUCCAUGAUAACCAUCAUCAGUAUUUCCACGUGAACUUUGCUUUCAAUAUUUCCUAUUGGGAUAAGCUGCAUGGAACUUACAGAAGAAAAGACCGGAUUUACAACGAAGAGUUGUUUUAUGGAACCGGAAAAUCCGUGGACACAGCCAGUUCGAAUGAGCUGAAAACCGACUUGGAGGAGCGAAUGUUGGAGAAUCCAUUGGCGUAUCGGGCCGAGAUGCCAUACAAACUGACGAAAAAGGAGAUCAAGCGACUCAAGAAAAGCAAUUAGUUACUAAUGUUGAAAUGCGAUAAUAAUAUUAAUAAGUAAUUAUUCUCAGCCACAUUCUGAGCUAAUUUAUGCGCGAACAUUCGCUGGUUUAAUGUACACUUUGCAGUUGCAAUCGAUGAAAAAUGACUCUGUUAUUUGCGCAUUUUUUAGUUAUUUGGAGUUUUCCAGCUUUUUGUAUUUUACCUGGUAAGUAAAUGAUUUGGUUUUUA